AGUUCAUGCUCAUUUGUAGAUCCUAUGUUUUGUUUCCCCACAGGUUGAUUGCACUGUUGAGCUAUUCUUGAUAUUUGUUUCCAGCUAAUUGUUCAUGUAGUUUUUCUUCCUGCGAUGGCUAAAGUCACGACGUGUGAACCGUUUGAGCUUUACAACCUCCUCAACCAGUGCAGGACUGUGUCGAGGCUGGCAGACAUCAACUACCUCUGCUUGGUUGAUGCUCGUGAAAUUCAAGAUUACAACACGAGUCACAUCAUAACAGCUAAGAGUUUGAAAAUGGAUUCAGAUGGUAAAUUCCUCCUGCCAGUGGCUGUGGAGGUGGACAGUAUGCAGCAUGUGGUCGUCUACGACAGCACCACACGCUGUUUGCAUGAAAAAGGCAGAGCAGCUGAAUGUGCUCAGGUCCUGGCUAAAGCAAGUCUCUGUCCGGUCCACAUGCUGAGUGGAGGCUUUCAGAGGUUCUCAGCUCUGUACCCGUUCUUAAGGACGGAGAAAAUGAUGUACACCAUUAUGGAGCUUGAAAACCUGAAGACUUAUCCACUGGAGAUUGUAGCAGGACGUCUUUAUAUGGGUGACAUGAAACAGGGCGUGGACCCCAGUAUUCUCACAGACCUGAAAAUCAGCACCAUCAUCAGCAUCUCACAGAGGUCCAUGAAGGGGAAACAGGCCAUUCUUAACAUCCCUGUGGCUAAUUCAGUGCUCUCUGAUUUGUAUUCAAGUUUUGAAAGGAUUUGCAGUUUUAUUGGGUCACACAUUAACAUGGACUCUCGUGUCCUGGUAGUUUCCAGACAGGGCAGAAGCCGCUGCAGCACCGUUAUCAUUGCCUUUGUCAUGCAGCACCUCAAAUACACACUGGAGGAGGCCUGGAAGUAUCUUCUGAAAUGUAAACCCAACAUGAGGCCAAACACAGGCUUUCUACAGCAGCUGUCUGACUGGGAGCUUCACAUCAUGGGAACUAAAGUGACUGACAUCUCUGAACCUCAUUUUUAACUAGGGAAUGUGACUAGUUUAUAAUCACCAAUAUUAUGAUGAUGAUCAAUAUUAUGAUGUUCAUUAUUAUUUCCUCAGAUAGAAGUAUUGUCAUUUGGAGUUUUUUACAUAUAUUUUACACAAGCUCAAUGUUUACGCUGUAAUAAUACUACUUAUACUAAUAUUAUUUAGGCUUAAAUUCUCAAAUUUAAGUCUAAAACACAACUAUUUUGAGCAAAGGUAGCAUCACAAGGGGUCUUCCUACUAUCUUGUGAUUGUAUUUGAACAUUUGUUAAGAUAAUCGUUACCUCUGUCCUCUUUUAUUGACAUUCAUCAGAGGUGCAAACAAAUAACAAAAAUAUAACUUUUAUUUGAUUUGCAAUUACUGCCUGUCUGUACUUGUCAGUGUGUUACUCACUCGAUAGCGAAUGUCCUGCAGCAGAAGUCUGUUGAGUUAAACUUCCCACUUUAAUCAUUCCUGCAGAUUUAAAGAUUUAACACAAAUUGUCACUGUAUCUUAGCGGCUGAUUUGACACAGGUUUUCUCUGAUGGAGAACCUUCCUCAUGCAACCUGGGCACCAGGGAGACAGGGAUCGAACCAACCCAGAGAAGAGCAAGAACAAACUUACUCUACCACCUGAGCCAUGGUCCUGCUACACACAAAUUAAGUCCACUUUAAAAGUAAACUUUAUUCGCAUAGCACCUUUCAUACAAGAAAUGCUUUACAUCCAAUAUAGAUAAAAUAAAAACAGGUUUAAAUGUAAGAAGAGAACAGAUUUUAAGAAACAUAACAAAAUGUAAAAUGACAUUCAAAAGAAAAGGAAAUAAAAAAGUAAAAGAAAUAAAAUUACUAUAAAUUACUAUAAACACAAAAGAAAGUGAUACAACAAUAUAAGAGUGCAGGAGUGCAG